AGCGCCGGGACAUCGGCACGGCCACCGCCACCGGCACCAUGGGGACACCGCUGGCCGCCGGUGGCCGGGAACUGCUGGCGCUGCUGGCUCUGGGAAUGGCACUGAGAUUGGGAUUGGGAUUGGGAUUGACCAGCUGCCCCGAGCGGGAGCUGGAGCGCAGGGAGGAGGAGGCCAACGUGGUGCUCACGGGCACGGUGGAGGAGAUCAUGAACGUGGACCCGGUGCACCACACCUACUCCUGCAAGGUACGAGUGUGGCGUUACCUGAAGGGCAAGGACAUCGUCACUCACGAAAUCCUGCAGGACGGGGGCAACAAGGUGGUGAUCGGGGGCUUCGGGGACCCCCUGAUCUGCGACAACCAGGUGGCCACGGGGGACACGCGCAUCUUCUUCGUCAACCCCGCGCCGCGCGCGCUGUGGCCGGCGCACCGCAACGAGCUGAUGCUCAACUCCAGCCUGAUGCGCAUCACGCUGCGCAACCUGGAGGAGGUGGAGCACUGCGUGGAAGAACAUAGGAAGCUUCUCGCCGACAAACCCAACAGUUACUUCACGCAGACGCCGCCGACGCCGCGGGAUGGCUGCCGGGGGAUGCUGUGCGGGUUCGGGGCCGUGUGCGAGCGCAGUCUCUCGGAGCCGGGCCAGGCGCAGUGCGUGUGCAGGAAGGGUCCCUGUGCCCCCGUGGUGGCCCCGGUGUGCGGCUCCGACCACUCCACCUACAGCAACGAGUGCGAGCUGGAGCGCGCCCAGUGCAACCUGCAGAGGAGGAUCAAGGUCAUCAGCAAGGGACCCUGCGGCUCCAAGGACCCGUGCGCGGAGGUGACCUGCAGCUUUGGCAGCACCUGCGUCCCCUCUCCCGACGGCCAGGCGGCCAAGUGCGCGUGUCCCUCGUCGUGCGGCGGCGUCCCCGAGAGCCCCGUGUGCGGCAGCGACGGCCGCGACUAUCGCAGCCAGUGCCACCUCAACAAACACGCCUGCGACAAGCAGGAGAACGUCUUCAAGAAAUUCGAUGGCCCCUGUGACCCUUGCCGGGCCGUGCCGCCGGAGCAGGGCCGCGUGUGCCGGGUGAACCCGCGGACGCGCAGGGUGGAGCUGCUGGCCCGGCCCGAGGGCUGUCCCCCGAGCGCCGAGCCCGUGUGCGGCGACGACGGCGUCACCUACGGCAGCGACUGCGAGCUGGGGCGCUCGGCCGCCAUCCGCGGCAUGGACCUCCAGAAAGUGCGCUCGGGACAGUGCCAGCCGCAGGACCAGUGCCAGGACGAGUGCCUGUUCCACGCCGUGUGCCUGAACCGCCGCGGGGCCGCGCGCUGCUCCUGCGACCGCAUCACCUGCGACGGAGCUUUCCGGCCCCUGUGCGGCCAGGACGGGCGCAGCUACGGCAGCGAGUGCGAGCGGCGCAGGGCGGAGUGCCUGCGGCAGGCGCCCAUCGGGGUCAGACACAGCGGGCCCUGCGACCUGGGCGCUCCCAGCCCCUGCCGGAGCGUGGAGUGCGCCUUCGGGGCCGUGUGCGUGGUGAAGAACCAGGAGCCCGUGUGCGAGUGCCAGCAGCAGCAGUGCCAGGGCCGCUACGACCCCGUGUGCGGCACCGACCAGCGCACGUACGGCAACCCCUGCGAGCUGCGCGCCACGGCCUGCGUGCUGCAGAGGGACAUCGGCGUCCGGCACAGGGGGCCCUGCGACCGCUGCGGCAAGUGCCAGUUCGGUGCCAUCUGCGAGGCGGAGACGGGGCGCUGCGUGUGCCCCACCGAGUGCGUGCCCUCGGCUCGGCCCGUGUGCGGCACCGACGGCGUCACCUACGGCAGCGAGUGCGAGCUGCACGUCAGGGCCUGCACCCAGCAGAAGGACAUCCGCGUGGCCUCCCCGGGCCACUGCAGGUCCUGUGGCAACUCGAUGUGCUCCUUCGGUGGCCGAUGCUCGGCCGGGCAGUGCCUGUGCCCGCGAUGCCAGCGCCAGCCCCCGGCCCCGGUGUGCGGCACCGACGGCGUCACCUACGGCAGCCCCUGCCAGCUGCAGGUGACCUCGUGCCACCUGCAAAAGAGCAUCGAGGUGGCCAGGAUGGGACCCUGCGAGGAUGAGUGUGGCUCGGGGGGCUCCGGCUCCGGGGACGGCAGCGAGUGCGAGCAGGAGCGGUGCCGGCAGUUCGGGGGCUGGUGGGACGAGGACGCCGAGGACGAGCCCUGCGUGUGUGACUUCACCUGCCAGGCCGUGCCCCGCAGCCCGGUGUGUGGCUCUGACGGUGUCACCUACGCCAACGAGUGCGAGCUGAAGAAGACGCGGUGCGAGAAACGCCAGGAGCUCUUUGUCACCAGCCAGGGAGCGUGUCGGGCCAUGGCCACCACCCCUCCACCCCUGCUGGUCACGCACUGCAGCCAGAGCGUCUACGGCUGCUGCCCGGACAAUGUCACCGCGGCGCUGGGCGUGGGAGCCGCCGGAUGUCCCAGCACGUGCCAGUGCAACCCCUACGGCUCGUACGGGGGCUCGUGCGAGCCGGGCUCGGGCCAGUGCUCCUGCAAGCCCGGCGUGGGUGGCCUCAAGUGUGACCGCUGCGAGCCCGGCUUCUGGAACUUCCGCGGCAUCGUCACCGACGGCAAGAGCGGCUGCACCCCGUGUCACUGUGACCCCGUGGGCUCCGUGAGGGAUGACUGCGAGCAGAUGACGGGGCUGUGCUCCUGCAGGACGGGCAUCACGGGCAUGAAGUGCAACCAGUGCCCCGACGGCGGCAAACUGGGCACCAGUGGCUGCCAGGAAGACCCCUCAGCCCCCCGUUCCUGUGCAGAGCUGAGCUGUGAUUUCGGGGCCUCGUGCGUGGAGCUCAACGGCUUCGCCCACUGCGAGUGCCCGUCCCCGCUGUGCUCCGAGGCCAACAUGACCAAGGUGUGUGGCUCUGACGGUGUCACCUACGGGGACCAGUGCCAGCUGCAGACCAUCGCCUGCAGGCAGCGCCAGCGCAUCACGGUCAAGCACGUGGGGCAGUGCCACGAGUCCCUCCCCCACACGAGCCCCCCGGUGUCCCCCACGCCGCUGCCCACGCUGUCCCUUCUGCCCGCCCCCCCUCGGGCCACCCCCCGAACCCCGGAGCCCACCGAGGAGGUGGCCACCAGCUCAGCGCCUCUGGAAGCCAAACCCACGGAACGAGGCCACCCCACGACCAGCCGUGUGACCACAGCCAGGCCGGCCACCACGCCCUGGGUCACCCACAAAGCCACCAUCCGCCCGCUGGCCACCGUGCCCGUGGUGGUGGCCACGGGGCAACCGAGCUACGGCGAGUCCGGCAGCGCUGAGGGCAGCGGGGACCAGGACGUGGGGACCAGUGGUGACCAGGAGUCCAGCGGGGCGGGCUCUGCCGGUGAGGAGGAGGAGGAGGAGGAGGAGGCCCAGGUGACAUCCACGGCUGCCAUCGAGAGGGCCACGUGCUACAACUCCCCCCUGGGCUGCUGCUCCGACGGCAAAACCGCGGCUGCGGACGUGGAGGGGAGCAACUGCCCAGCCACCAAAGUGUUCCAAGGAGUGCUGAUCCUGGAGGAGGUGGAGGGUCAGGAGCUGUUCUACACCCCGGAGAUGGCUGAUCCCAAAUCCGAGCUCUUUGGGGAGACGGCGCGGAGCAUCGAGAGCGCCCUGGAUGAGCUUUUCCGAGGUUCUGAUGUCAGGAAGGAUUUCAGGAGCAUCCGAGUGCGGGACCUGGGUCAGAGCAGCGCCGUCAGGGUCAUUGUGGAGGCUCACUUUGACCCAGCCACGUCCUACACGGCCGCCGAUAUCCAGGGGGCCCUGCUGAAACAGAUCCGAGCUUCCAAGAAAAAAACCAUCCUGGUGAAGAAACCCCAGAUGGAGCACAUCAAAUUCAUGGAUUUUGACUGGAUCCCCCAGCUCUUCACCACCACCAUCACCACCACCACGGCCACCACCAUGGCCCCGGCCACCACCCGCAGGGUCCCCGUGGCCACCUCAGCCCCGGCCACCACCCGCGGGGUCCCCGUGGCCAUCACGACCCUCGGCCAGCACCUGGAGCCCGCGGGGAGGCCCGGCCCCAAGGCGGUGGCCGUGGGCACCACCAGGAGACCCAACCCCAGCAGCCCUGGCAGCAGCAGGAGGAUGAUGAUGGUGAUGAAGCCCACCCGGCUGCCCCCUGGCACCUCCAGAACCCCCCGACCCUGCGAGUCCCAGCCCUGCCUGCACGGUGGCACCUGCGAGGACGACGGCCGGGGCUUCACCUGCACCUGUGUCCCGGGGAGAGCAGGGGAUGUUUGUGACAAAGCCAUCGGGAACUUCAUCCCCAGUUUUGGGGGCAAGUCCUUCCUGGCGUUCAGGAUGAUGAAGGCGUAUCACACGGUGAGGAUUUCCAUGGAAUUCCGGGCUCUGGAGCCCACUGGGCUGCUCCUCUACAACGCCCAGAAACACGGCAAGGAUUUCAUCUCCCUGGCACUGGUGGGAGGCUUCGUGGAGCUCAGGUUUGACACGGGCUCUGGCACGGGCACCGUGAGCAGCCGGGUCCAGGUGCAGCCGGGCCGCUGGCACCAGCUGGUGGUGACCCGGAACCGGCGCAGCGGGAGCCUGGCCGUGGAUGGGGAGCCCCAGGUGAGCGGGCACAGCCCCAUGGGCACCGACGGCCUCAACCUGGACACCGACCUGUUCAUCGGGGGAGCGCCCGACGAGCACAUGGCCCUGGCGGCCGAGCGCACGGCGGCCGCCGCGGGGCUGCGGGGCUGCAUCCGCCUGCUGGGCAUCAACAACCGCGUGUACCAGCUGCGCCAGGGCGCCGGCGACGUCCUCUACGGCCACGCCGUGGGCGAGUGCGGCGACCGCCCCUGCCGGCCCAACCCCUGCCACCACGGCGGCGUCUGCCACGCCGAGGACGCCGAGAUGUUCCGGUGCCGGUGCCCCGACGCCUACACGGGCCCCACGUGUGCCUUGGAGAGGAACCCCUGCGAGCCCUCACCGUGCCACUUCUCUGCCACCUGCCUGGUGCUGCCCCACGGCGGGCACCUGUGCGCCUGUCCCAUGGGGCGCCAAGGGGACUUGUGCGAGCGAGUGACGGAGCAGGACCAGACCGUGCCCUUCCUGCCGGAGUUCAACGGCUCCUCCUACCUGGAGCUGAACGGGCUGCAGAGCUUCGUGCCAGACCUGCAGGACAAGAUGUCCAUGGAGUUGGUGUUCCUGGCCAAGAAACCCACUGGGAUGAUCUUCUACAAUGGCCAGAAGAGCGAUGGCAGAGGGGACUUUGUGUCCCUGGCACUGCACGAGGGCCACCUGGAGUACAGAUACGACCUGGGCAAGGGGGCAGCCCUGCUCAGGAGCAAGAAUCCCGUGCCCCUCAACACGUGGGUCAGGGUCCUGCUGGAGAGGAGUGGUCGUAAGGGAGUGCUGAGGGUCAGCGACGAGCACGGGGUGACGGGGGAGUCCCCGAAAUCCCGUAAGGUGCCUCACCAGGUGCUGAACCUGAAGGAGCCGCUCUACGUGGGGGGAGCCCCCGACUUCUCCCGGCUGGCUCGAGCGGCCGAAAUCUCCAGGGGCUUCCAGGGAGCUGUGCAGAGGAUCUCUCUCUCGGGGGUGCCGGUGCUGCAGGAACAGAACAUCCGCAGCGCCAGGGACAUCUCCCCGUUCCGGGGGCACCCCUGCACCCAGAAACCCAACCCGUGCCACAACGGCGGCUACUGCAGGCCCAGCUUGGGCAACUACGAGUGCUCCUGCCACAGGGGCUUCUCGGGGACCCACUGCGACAGAGUGAUCAUCGAGAAGGCAGCGGAGGAUGCUGAGGCCGUGGCCUUCGAUGGCCGGACGUUCCUGGAGUACCACAACAGCAUCACCAGGAGCCCCCAGGUGCUGGAUUUCCCCCCGGAGCCCAGCGAGAAGUCGCUGAGGUCCAACCACUUUGAGCUCAGCAUCAGGACCGAGGCCACGCAGGGGCUGCUGCUGUGGAGCGGGACGGGGCCGGACAGGUCGGAUUUCAUCGCCUUGGCCAUCGUGGAUGGGUUCGUGCAGCUCAGCUACGACCUGGGCUCCAAAGCUGUCACCCUGCGCUCCACCGUGCCCGUCAACACCAACCAGUGGGUGCGCAUCAAAGCUUCCAGGGUGCAGAGGGAAGGAUCCCUCCAGGUUGGGAACGAAGCCCCCGUCACUGGCUCCUCUCCUCUUGGGGCCACCCAGCUGGACACGGACGGGGCGCUGUGGUUGGGCGGGCUGGACCGACGCCGAGUCCCUUCCCGGCUGCCCAAGGCGUUCGGCACGGCUUUCAUCGGCUGCAUGCGGGCCGUGCUGCUGGACCGGCGGGAGCUGCAUCUGCUGCAGGACGCGCUCAACCCGCCCCGGCUCCGCCGCUGCUCCUCGGCGCAAUAACGCCCGGCUCCUCCUGCCUCCCCUCCUCCUGCUGCAAUUAUUUUCUAUUUUUGUAAACUUAAUUGCUUUUUAUAUAUGUAUAUAUAUAUUUUUUUUUUUUUUUUUUUUUUGGAGGGGGGCAAGGAGGGCAGGAAACCCUGAAAA